AUGGACAGACGAGACCUGGGCGACGCCCCUUCGCAGCAAGAUGAAGACAGCGACCCCGCCCCGAGUCCCCUACCGAGCUCGAACCCCUUCGACAACCACACCCAUGACAAUUCUCAUGACCUCCAACAGCCGUCAGGGAACCCGGCGCAUCGCGCAGCGCAACGAAUCCAGCCGAGACGAGCCGUCACCGAACCAAUGGGCAGCAAGGGCGCCCUCGACGGCGGCUACGUCCGCUUCUCGGAUGAGCUGCCUCGUGACGCCGUGCGCGGCUUCGACCCGGCCUCGUCGCACCCGAAUCUAAGCAACCCGGGACUCUACACGAUCCCCUCGAGGGGCGACCUGGAAGGCCACGGCCUGGCUGAGCCGUCUUCUUCGCGGCGCGCUCGUCCCAAUAGCGACCAGAGCUCUGGCCAGCCUUCGGAUGCUGACCUCAAGUACCCAGUCUACCGGCCAGAACCGACGAAAAGGACGAAAUGGCGUGUUGCGAAAGAGUCCAUGAGUGACCAGCUCAAGAAGGCGUAUGAUGUCUACAUCAUCCAAGGAUUGUUGCGCCAGAGGCCGUUGCCCCCGAGUGCAGACGGAAGACACAUCCCGCUCGACAUGACGAGGAAGCGAAGCGACGCCCUCAUUGAUGAGCGCACUAAGAAGCCGUACGCCAGCAACUUCAUCCGGUCUAGUCGAUACACCAUAUGGAGCUUCUUACCGAAACAGCUCCUGUUCCAGUUCAGCAAGAUGGGCAACUUUUACUUCUUGGUCGUCGGUAUCAUCCAAGCCAUACCGGGACUCAGUACCACAGGCCAGUGGACAACUAUUGCGCCUCUCGCGGUAUUCGUAUCGCUGUCGAUGGCCAAGGAAGGCUACGAUGAUUACCGCCGCUAUCUUCUGGCCAAGACCGAAAACCUGAGUCGUGCGUGGGUUUUGGGUGAACGGUCACACAAGGCGACGGCGAGAAUGAAGAGUCGCAAGGGAGUUGAAAUGGCCGAGGCUUCGGAAGAUGGCUGGACCGAGAUUGAAUGGCAAGAUCUCAAGGUUGGCGAUGUGGUCAAGCUUCACCGCGACGACGACGUUCCGGCCGAUAUUGUCCUACUGCACGCGACCGGGCCCAACGGCACAGCCUACAUCGAAACUAUGGCUUUGGACGGAGAGACGAAUCUUAAAGCGAAGAGGGCGUCCCCGAUUCUGGCCGAAAGAUGUCAAACUGUCGAGGGAAUCAAGUCCUGCCAGGCGACCAUCGUCUCCGAGGACCCAAAUUUGGAUCUCUACAGAUACGACGGUCGUGUUACCGUCAAGGAAGAGACGCUGCCGCUGUCACUCGACAACGUCAUCUACCGCGGCUCUACAGUCCGAAACACCACUGAGGCGAUUGGUAUUGUUGUCAACUCGGGCGAGGAGUGCAAGAUCAGGAUGAAUGCCCACAAGCACGUGCGCACCAAGGCACCCGCCAUGCAGCGCGUUCUCAACAGGAUCGUCAUCUGGCUUAUAUUCGUGCUCCUUGCGCUGAGCAGUGGCCUGACGUUGGGCCACUAUCUUUGGAGAGACCCCAACGAGGAGCGAUCCUGGUAUCUCAUGGGUGACAGCAUCGAAAUGAAAAAGAUUUUCAUUGCCUUCAUCCUGAUGUUUAACACGCUAAUCCCGCUGUCGCUGUAUAUCAGCUUGGAGAUUAUCAAGAUCAUUCAGUUCUACAUGAUGGGAGAUGUCGAAAUGUACGAUCCUAUCACUAAUACGCCGAUGGUUGCCAACACUACAACGAUUUUAGAGGAUCUUGGUCAGGUUAACUACGUCUUCUCAGACAAGACGGGUACCUUGACCGAAAACGUCAUGCGAUUCCGCAAGAUGAGCGUUGCCGGUACUGCCUGGCUGCACGACAUGGAUAUCGAGCGGGAUGAGCAGGCCAAGCAGAAGCUUAUCGAAAUGGCCCGAAAGAAGCGCAAGGGAAAAGGAAAGGACAAGAACCGCGAUAAGGUAACAAGCGACAACGAGAACAGCUCGUCCCAGCUUCAACCGGCUCAGAGACGUACAUCCUUCACUUCCCACGGGCGAGGGCAAUCCGCCAACAGGGCUCCUCAAGAUGAGAUUGAGCUCAAGACCGAGGAUCUUCUCGACUACCUGCGGCGCAAGCCCGACACCACUUUCUCUAAAAAGGCCAAGCAGUUCCUGCUCUGCAUCGCUCUCUGUCACACUUGCCUACCGGAAGUCAAAGAAAACGGCGAAAUCGACUACCAAGCUGCUUCUCCUGAUGAACUGGCCCUGGUCGAAGCAGCGCGCGAUUUGGGAUACCUCCUUAUCGAUCGGCCCGCGCAGUCGGUCGUUUUGCAACUCCCGGAAGCUGAUGGGUCUACCACAAGGGAAACGUACCAGGUUCUCGACGUGAUUGAGUUUAGCAGUCAGAGGAAGAGAAUGUCCAUCAUCAUUCGCAUGCCUGACGGCAAGGUCUGCGUCUUCUGCAAAGGCGCCGACAACGUUAUUUUGCCUCGUCUCAAGCUCAGUACCCUGGCCACGCAGAAGGCAAACGACGUCAAUCGGAGGGCUUCAGUCCGCAGAAGCGUCGAAAAGGAAAAGGCUCAACAGCAACGCCUGAGCACUAGCGGCACACCUCGCAGCAGCUUCAUGCUAGGAAGAACGUCAAUGUCGGAGCGACGCAGUAUGAUGAACCAGAGAAUCUCCAGCGACAUGUACAGGCGUUCGAGCGUCGUCAAUGAUGAUCCCGAAGCAUGGUCUCCGCGUAGAGGGUCGGCAGACAUCCUUUCGCCCAUAGGCGCCCACGACAUCUGGUCAUCACCCCGUCACAGCAUGGCAAUGUCAGCGAGUGAAGCCGAGGUUGAUGAGUUCAUUGACGAGACGACUGCACUAAACGAGGGCGCAGUCCUCGAGCGGUGUUUCCAGCAUAUCAACGAGUUCGCCUCCGACGGCCUGCGAACCUUGCUUUACGGCUACAGAUAUAUCAGCGAGGACGACUACAGCUCAUGGAGAAAGAUUUAUCAAGCCGCUACUACCAGUUUAGACAGCCGACAGGAGAAGAUCGAGGCAGCCGGUGAGUUGAUCGAGGACAAGUUCGAUCUUGCUGGAGCUACGGCUAUCGAGGAUCGCCUGCAAGAAGGAGUGCCAGAUACCAUUGAAAAGCUUCGUCGUGCCGGGAUCAAGGUUUGGAUGUUGACAGGAGACAAGCGCGAGACCGCCAUCAACAUCGGACACUCUGCCGGCCUGUGCAAACCGUUUUCAGAAGUCUUCAUCCUGGACGCCACCAUGGGCAACUUACAAGAGUCUAUCCUGUCGACUCUCGGCGAGGUUGCGCGAGGUAUGUCUCCCCACUCUGUAGUGGUGGUGGAUGGCCAGACUUUAGGCGUUAUCGAAGGAGACGAGGACCUCAGCUUCCUCUUCUUCGAUCUCGUGGUGAGAGUCGAUUCGGUCAUCUGUUGCCGUGCCUCUCCUUCGCAGAAGGCUUCUCUUGUGAAGCGCAUCCGUCGACAGGUGCCGCAUUCUCUGACCCUGGCUAUCGGAGACGGAGCCAACGACAUUGGCAUGAUCCAAGCUUCUCACGUCGGUAUCGGCAUUUCGGGUCGUGAGGGUCUUCAGGCCGCUCGUAUAUCCGACUACGCCAUUGCACAAUUCCGCUUCUUGCAGCGUCUGCUGUUCGUCCACGGCCGCUGGAACUACCUGCGAACCGGCAAAUACAUCCUGGUUACCUUCUGGAAAGAAGUCGUUUUCUUCCUGCCGCAGGCGUAUUUCCAGCGCUACACAGCAUACACCGGAACCUCUUUGUACGAAAACUGGAGUUUGACGGUGUUCAACACGUUCUUCACUUCACUGUCGGUCAUCCUGCUGGGUGGAUUGGAGAAAGACCUGCAGGCGAAGACGCUUCUGGAAUUUCCCGAGCUUUACACAUACGGCCACAAGAAUAGGGCAUUCAACGUCAAGCUCUACAUCGGCUGGACGUUUAUUGGUCUGAUUGAGUCGUUGAUCAUUUUCUGGGUGACAUGGGCUGUCUACAACUCGUUACCGUUCGACCAGGACACGUCUCUCUACGCCAUGGGCAGCGUUCCCUUUACCGUCUGUGUGGUGUUCAUCAACAUCAAGGUGAUGGUCCUCGAGAUGGAGAACAAGAACGUGAUCAUCUUGAUCGGGUUUCUCAUCUCAGUUGGCGGCUGGUUUCUCUGGAACAUCAUUCUCUCUGCCGCUUUCCAGAACGUCAUGCGCAUAUACCAAAUCCGGCACGCUUUCCUCCAAAAUUUUGGCAGAACACUGAGCUUCUGGACCACGAUCCUCCUUGCGCUUGCGGCGGUCGUUUGUCUCGAGCUUGUCGUCGACGCCAUACGCCGCGUCUACUGGCCCCAUGACGUGGACCUGAUGCAGCGUCUAGAAAGGCAGGGACUCAAUGAAAGCGACGGGGAAGCCGGGCACGGGCACAGCUCCGGAACGGUAUUGGAAGUUAUCGGAAGCAAAACGAAGUCGGCCGCUGACCAUGAUGAGGAGGUGCGGCCGUCCAACGUGGAUGGUGCGCCAAGGCCGAGCCAUGCCACAAGCCGUCCGUCGUUCCACCAGGCAAGACAUUCGAGAAUGUCGAGGGAGGAGCAUGCUCCCCGACCCUUCACGCCCCCGGUCGAGGAGAGUACCGGGACCCUGGAGGGGGAGCAGGAUGCGCAGAAGCCGUCUACGAAACCACAAUUAUCUCUGGCGACAAGGUGGUUGGGUAGCAAGAAAGGCUCCCGGGCGGACGGGCCGAUCGAGCUGCAGUCUACAAAGGCAUAG